UUUUGUCCUUAUUUCUCAAGAAUGGAGGCGUGCGGGUAGAAGAAAAAAUCUAUUGAUGUGGAGACUGAAAACACAUUUAAGAAAAAAGGGGGUCAAGAGCGAAAAAAGGAGGACACAUCCAAGUCACAGCAUUAAGACUCUAAAGUCGCUCCUGUUAUGGUUUAACCCAGAAACUUUCAAUAAUGGGAUGCGGGAGAUCAGCUCAGCCCUCCAGCAGCUGUUCAGGGGGCCGAGGAUAGGACCAUCAGUGCUCUGCUGUUUCUCCUCCUUGAGUCUGGAUGCGAUCAGAGCUCAGAUGCGUAAAGCUGGAGAGGGCAGCCCUCUGAGGAGCCUUUCCUAAAGUCUAAAUCCGGCUUUUCUCCCUCAUCGUGACAGUAAAUCGAUCACUUUCCAGCUUCCAGAAGCGGAUGGAGUGAACUGUGCCAAAAGAGGAGGGGGGUAGCAGAGACUGCAGCUCGGUUGCGUGUGAUGAUAGGAGACACAAUGACGCUCCUGUCUCUUCUGGGUCGGAUCAUGCGCUAUUUUCUCCUCAGGCCGGAGACGUUGUUCUUGUUGUGCAUCAGUCUGGCGCUGUGGAGCUACUUCUUUCACACCGACGAGGUGAAAACCAUCGUCAAGUCCAGCCGGGAUGCCGUGAAGAUGGUGAAGGGGAAAGUGGCGGAGAUGAUGCAGAAUGAGCGCCUGGGAGGCCUCAGCGUCCUGGAUGCGGAGUUCUCCAAGACGUGGGAGUUCAAGAAUAAUAACGUAGCCGUGUACUCCAUACAGGGCAGGAGGGACCACAUGGAGGACCGCUUCGAGGUGCUCACCGACAUCACCAACAAGAGCCACCCGUCUAUAUUCGGGAUAUUCGACGGCCACGGCGGAGAGGCUGCAGCUGACUAUGCGAAGGCCCACCUGCCAGAGUCUCUGAGGCAGCAGCUGCAGGCCUUUGAGAGGGAGAAGAGGGAGAGCGCUGUGUCUUACGCCAGCAUUCUGGAGCAGCGCAUCCUGGCCGUGGAUCGGGAGAUGCUGGACAAGCUCACCACAAACCAUGAUGAAGCAGGUACAACAUGCCUGAUGGCGCUGCUGUCAGACAGAGAGCUCACUGUGGCCAACGUUGGAGACUCCCGCGGGGUGUUAUGCGACAAAGAUGGGAAUGCUGUUGCAUUGUCACAUGACCACAAGCCAUAUCAACUUAAAGAGCGCAAGAGGAUCAAGAGGGCAGGAGGCUUCAUCAGUUUUAAUGGAUCCUGGAGAGUUCAGGGAAUCCUGGCUAUGUCGCGCUCCCUUGGAGACUACCCUCUCAAGAACCUCAACGUGGUCAUUCCCGACCCAGAUAUAAUGACCUUUGACCUGGACAAACUGCAGCCCGAGUUUAUGAUCCUAGCCUCUGAUGGUCUCUGGGAUGCUUUUAGUAACGAGGAAGCAGUGCGCUUUGUCCGCGAGCGCCUGGAUGAGCCUCACUUUGGUGCCAAGAGUAUUGUCCUCCAGUCGUUCUACCGCGGCUGCCCUGACAACAUCACAGUUAUGGUGGUGAAGUUUAAAAGUGGAGCUGGGGGGAGUAGUAAAGCUGGUGAUUAGGUUGGGGGAGGAGUUUAAAGCUCACACUGUGAUCAGAAUAUUUUUUUCCUCCCUCAUUUGGAUGCAGCAGGAAGAGCUUUGAUGAAAACAGGAAACCUGAUUAGCGGAAACAUGGCAAGUCCACACACAAAUGUCCUUACAUAUAAAAAUAAAGCUAUGUUUUAUGUUCGUGGGUUCAAAAAAAGAACAUUUAAACAUACUAUAACUAACCUGUGUAUGACUGACAGUUGUUUUAAAAAAAGCAAGUACAGAAUCACCACAGACACAAGGGAUGUUCUCUUAACCAGCAUAUACCAGACUGUGACUGCGUUUCUCCUGUUUACUUUAACUUGCACAUGAACGGUACAGCUCCACUGGAAGCUUUUUAUGGGAUGCUUUAAGGAAACUGUGUUACUUUGGAAAGGUGCUAAAAAUGCAACUGCAAAACCACCAUCUAGCUUGUGGCAAUACGAUGAUGCUCUGAAUUGUAUGUAUCUUUUUUUCUUGAACAGAAGUAAUUUGUCAAAUUCAGCAAGGCUGCAGUGGAUCCAAUAUGUUUAACUAACUUCAGGCAAUGCUCCACACAGAUAUAACCUUAGAGUAUGUAAAAGCCGCCCCCUGCAUACUUGAAUGGUUCCUGUUAAGUGUCGGAAGUCACGCCCUUAGCAUGCAUUCAGCAUGAAUGCAUUCCGAACUGCAUGGAUUCUAGAAAAAAAAAUGUUGAUACCAGUAAUAGGACAUCAGACCACAUAUUACUCUAGAUGUUACAUGGCAGGUCCUGCAUUUAAAGAACUCUUAAGAAGCACAUGUUUCUACAUCUGUAAGCUGUCUUGCAAAAAGGUAUAAGGUCAAAACAAUAUAAAAAGGAAACUCAAGACUCUUUAUUAGGAAUUAUGGAUUUGCUAAUUCAUUUUUUUGUUUCUUUUUAAAGAAAAAUACUUCUGUAUGAAAUAUAACACAGUUAAAGACCAGUCUUUCAUGCUAUUACAUAAUGCAAACUAACUUAUACAACACUUGUUUUUGUGUGCCUGUCUUGUAAGAGGCAUACAAAUACAUAAUGAUCUGGCAUCAUCUUCCUCUGCACAUCGAACAGACUGGUAAACCAGGCCUACAUGGCUUUUCUAUAUAUGUCAAGAAAGUGGUUCCAGCCUUGCAGCUUCAGGAUUCCAUGGAAUCAAUGCAAGUGCUGCUAAAAUAUUGCAGCAAUGACUUGAUAUUGACGUCUCAAGAUUCAAUAUGCAGACGCUCUGUCUGCGCCAAUGAAGAUUCAUUCACCUCACCCGUUGGUUCAAGAGGCACCUGCCCCAUUUCCCUAUUUCAAAACUUUUCUCUCUAUGAUGUGAUUUAAUUGAUUUUGUAAUGUGCCUUGAUAUGACAUGUUGUGAAUUGGCACCAUAUAAAUAAAUGAAUUAAAUUGAGUUGAAGUACACUAAUGAAUAUUUCAUGGACAAUUUGGACCAUUUAUAUAGAAUUGUGAUGGUGGAUAUAGAAAAUAGGCUACAUUAAACCCUACGAAUGCUACAAAGACAUGAUAAAAAACUGAUAAAAAACAGGAAACCCUUCAUUUUUGCAUAUUCAGCAGAUCAACUUAGAAUGGGUUUUUAGAUACCCAUAUAUUGCAGGUCAAAAAACUCUUUGACUGAAGCUUAGAUGACCAUAAAUGUCUAACAUUAGCCUUCUUACAACAUACAAAAAUAAAAUAAAUAAAUAAAAGGGUUGUCGUGUGUCAGUUGCUGAACAUUUUGGGCUGUUGCUUCUAGCUAAUGUUAAUGUUGCCCAUUUUCCUGGAAGUGACCACUAAAUUGCAUUAGGAGCCAGCUGAGAUCAUUGCAAAUUGAUUUUUCUGUUAACACUCCUCUAUGGAGCUGUUUCAAAGCUUUCUGUAGAUCUUUUUUUCUAUUUUUCCUUUGAAGAAUGACACCUAUUGAUAUCUAAUUUUAUUAAAUUAAACAUUUUUGUUGAUUUUUUGUUUGUUUGUUUGUUUAAACUCUAAACUGUUUAUUUUUGAAUCCACCUUUCAAGUCUGCAGAAGAUGGGUGGUAGGAUAAAUUAUGAGUAAAAGGCCAAGUUAAUCUUCAAUACACAUAUUCACAAAAAGGGUUCUUUGUGGUAGUUAUAACAUGACAUGUCAGCCAAUAGCAGAACUAACAUACAUGUUAAAAGGUUUUGAAGUUUGUAAAACCUGAUUUUGUACCUGAAAUUAACAUCUUUUCAAUGUUAUGGCAUUAAUCAACAUUUUGUAACCCAUUGCAGCAAGGCAUGUGCUUUGACUUCUCUGUGUUAAAGAACAAAGUACUGUUCUUAAGAUGUUUAUCAUAGGAUGUUGGUUUUGAGCCAAUGAGCAAACAAGUCUUUAAGUGCUGAAACAAAUGAGAAGAUGAUUCAUCGCAAACUCUUUGCCUCCGAAGGGAAUGCUGCUGGUGAUAAAUCUGAUACGCUGCUGAAGUAAUACAGCUGACUUCACAGGCAGCAGCUACAUGUCAGAGAAAGUUCCAGUAAACCACGCUUGAUUUAGUACUGUUUUCACUUCAACUAUUACCACUGUGUACUAUGACCACGUUAUCAGCCGAGGGCAAAGAUUAAGAACUUUUUCCUUUUUUUAUGAUUAUUUACCAGUUUACCUGAUGCCUUAUUUAUUGAGUUUUUGGAUGUUUCUGACAGAUUGCUCAGAUCAGCAUACUGUAUGAUUAAUCUCUGUCCUUCUGUACCUCAGCAAACAUUUACAAUAAAAAGCAUUUUACUCUGAAAA